AUGUUGCCACAGACGCAGCCGGCGACUCAAUGGGCCGUGCGGGCUCGUGCGGUGCCGCUCAGACGAGUUCCUGGUCGCUACGCAGUGCGCCACGCAGUGCGCCACGUAGUGCGGCAGCGAGCGCAGUUCGCUGCAGAAGCUGGACUGCUGGGCUUGAGCCUCCUGUGGUUGAAGGGCCGAUCUGGUGCAAGCAAACAGGCUUGCAGACCGCCGAGAGUACUCGCAUAUGCUGCAGCCGCCUCCCUCGCCACAGACGCUGUCGUAGAUGAAGCCUUGGAGGGUCGAGGCCGUGGGGCAGAAAAACAUCCACAGCUGCAGUUCAAACGUGAUGGAGCAGGAAAUCCAGAAAAGCUGAUGAUCACUACGCCAUUGUUUUAUGCCAACGGCUCCCCCCACAUCGGUAGCGCGUAUCCGGCAAUCGCAUCGGACGUUCUGGCGCGCUAUGCGAAACUGCAUGGGGCUGAUGUCCACUAUGUGACCGGCAUGGAUGAGCAUGGCGAGAAAAUAGCACAAACUGCUGCCAGCAAGGAGAAGACCCCACAAGAACUGGUGGACGGUUUUGCUGAGGAGUUCCAGGAGCUCUGGAGCCUACUUGACGUCGAGGCCAACCACUUUGCACGGACCACCCCCGACAAGCACAAGGCAAUCGUCCGUGAGAUGUGGCAGCGGUGCUUGGAGAAUGGUGAUAUCUACAAGAAGGAUUACACUGGCUGGUAUUGUGUGGGAUGUGAGGCGUAUUUGGACGACGAUGAGAUGUCGGAGGGGCAUGUCUGCAAAAUCCACCAGAAGGAAUGCAUCCAGCGAAGUGAAGAGAACUACUUCUUCCGAUUGUCCAAGUAUUGGGACGACAUCCGACAACACAUCGAGAAGAAUCCCGACUUCAUUUUGCCCACCAGCCGCCGCAGUCAAGUCUUAGUCUGGUUGGAAGAGGACAACAAGCGAGACUUCUCCAUUUCACGUGCAAGCACUUCUUGGGGAAUCCCUGUGCCUGGCGAUGAUUCACAGGUGAUCUACGUCUGGUUCGACGCGCUGCUGGGGUAUUUGUCCUCUUUGCUGCAGCCCGAUGACCCGGCCACCUUGGAGACGGUGCUUUCGCGGGGAUGGCCUGCGGAGGUUCAUGUGAUCGGAAAGGACAUCAUGCGAUUUCACGCGAUUUACUGGCCGGCCAUGCUGAUGUCCGCCGGCUUACCUCUGCCAAAGCACAUCUGCACUCACGGCUUCCUGACCAAGGAUGGCCUGAAAAUGGGAAAAUCCCUGGGCAACGUUGUGGAGCCAGUUCCACUAGUGGAGUCCUUCGGUCCCGAUGCAGUUCGGUUCUUCUUCGCCGCGUGCCUCGCAUUCGGCGAGGAUGGGGAUUUCAGUUAUGAGACCUUCAUAAAGAGGGUGAACAGCACCUUGGCCAACGAGCUUGGGAACUUGGUCCAUCGGAUCCUCACCUUGUCCCGGAAGAACCUCGAGGAGGCUCGCUCCCCACCAGAGUUGGCGAGCUCGGACGCGGACCUCGACGACCAUCCCGUGCGUGUCGCGGCCAUGCGGGCUCCAGCAGCCGUCGCUCGCCACUACGAGCAGCUGGACAUUCCUAAGGCCGUCCUGGCGGCUUUCGAGAUCGUACAGGCAGGCAACCUGAGGAUGACCCAGGUUGAGCCGUGGGCGAAGUUGAAGAAGACCAGCAGUGAGGAGGACAAGAAGACGGCACUCUGUGAACUGCUGGUGAUGGCCGAAGGCGCACGGAUCUGUGCGACGCUGCUGUCGCCCGUGACGCCUCGGUUAAGUCAGAAGAUCUUGGAGGAGUUCGGCCUCUCGGAAGGACAGCUCGCUUGGAGUCAGACUGCGUGGUCCUGGGAUGCGAUCCCCGGCUUGGCCGCCGGGGCGAAGCCGAAGCCGGUCUUUCAGAGGAUCGACCUGGAGCCUUGGAAAGGGAAGUGA